AUGGCUAAAAAUAUGCCAUCCAACACCGUACCAAAAGCAAUGGUCGUCAGAAACGAGUUCUUCAGCGAAGGUAUGGCAAAACCAGACACAGGAACUGUGCCAUCCACGUUAAGGCAAGCUGCCGAAGGUGCCAGUCACCACAUCUCUGGUCAAUGUGAGGAAAAUAAAGACAAUGAUGAAAAUCUGUCUGACACAAGCGAUGCUGCUGCUGAGAACAUUCAGACAAUCGAUAUCGGCCCUGGUGAGUUCGAUACAUACGCCAUUGCAUACAUAUGCAAAGAACAGACUCUUCGCAUGAAGAAAGCCGUGGAAGAGACCAAAAACAAACAUUUUCAGAAUCUACCAGCGGCGGCUUCUAACAGCAUCAAUGACGCCAAUGAUGUCCUACACGCACUCAAUCCGAAUCUGAUGUACAUGCCAAACGUCCAGCAUCCUGCAGCGCACGCAAAAGAUCACUUUUGGCGGGAAGGGAAAAGAACCUGGAAAAUUUCUGCUGACAAUGAAAUAUUUGUGACUGAUUGCGAUUGGAACAACCAGCGAGUCCAGGUCUUCAGUAUAAACGGGACCUAUCUCCGCCUCUUUCCAACAGUCGUGCCGGGUGAAAGUAAGACAACGCGCCCUUAUGUUGUUGCUUUGAACGUGGCUCCUGGCUACCUGUGGGUACUGGGGAAGAGCUCGCGCCCCAAUGAAGGACAUGUCGUACAGUUCAGUAAGUACGGACAGCCCAUCAAAAAAUUUGACGUAAGCCUCAAGAGCGUCUAUCCCGUCAUCGCGAUGGACGUGCGCAACAAUAAAAUUAUCGUGGGAGACAAAAAUACAAUUAUGAUGUUUGAUCCAGGACAGAGGGGGGGGGGGCAACUGGACUCUUUCGUUGGUAUUUUUCUUGACACCUCUGGUCACAUCAUUGUGGCGAACGAAUACAACCUCCGGGUAGACAUGUUCACAAGCCAGGGCAAGUUUGUCCGCACCAUCGCGGACAUUAGCCAACCGUGGGGUGUCGCUAUGGGACCAUGUGGAGAGUUGGUACUGACUAGCCCAUAUACAAACACUGUAACUAUCUUCCCACGCCACAUGGUGCUUCCUUGA